GUCGCGUUCGGACGGAUCUUAGUCCUGCAUCGUCACUGCCACCGUUCAAGAUCGCUGGGCACUAGUGUUCUGUUUGUUGCGCCUCGCAGUCGGUCGCUUCGAACUUGUGGAAAUUGUGAUAUUCUACUCAAGUGAAAGUCGUAGCAUUUCCCAGUAGUGCCUGUUUUUUUUAUCGAAUCGCAAAGGAGAGAGAUAUCAAAAGAUUUCAGUUUUUAUGAAGUGCAAUCAGGUGAUAUUUUAGCGGAAGAAAAAUGCACCUGCAGACCAGUAGUAAGCAUCUGUGAUAGCCACAUACACAAACCUACGUCUACAAACUAGCGGUUACUACGAGUGCUGAUUUUAAGGGUGAAAUCAGUGGCGUGGUGAGAUUAGUGCAGUGAGAUUAGGCUAGGGAUUCGCGUUUGCGAUGUACAGCGAUAAUAGACGCAGUGCCUUCUGUGAAAGUGGUGGAGAUAAGGACAAAUGUUAUCCCUAUUCGAUUCUUUCGAAGCACCAACAGCAGCAACAGUUGCAGCAACUACAGCAGCAUCAGCAACGGUACUAUCUUUCGCCGCAGCAACCUCCGGUUGGCCAAGGCUUUCGAACCUAUCAGGGCUCGGUUCCGCCGCAAAUUGCACACUCAUCAAUCAACAUUCAUCCACCGCCCGCUCAAGGAGCAUCCUUCUACGAAAACACCAUGGUCACCGACGUCGGAAUCUGCUUCAGCAUGAGGAACGUAAACUUGAACGAUGAUAAUCCACCCCAUCUCGGUCAUCCUUCGUUAUCCGUGCUAGGCAAAGGUUAUGGUGAUGCUGCCCCAGCACCGGUCAAUAACGUUCCCCAGCCCAAGUACCGCUCAACAUCUUCUGCCUACAAAGCACGUAAUCUCACUCCACCAAGUGGAAUGUCAAUGUCUUCCUCCCACUCCUCACCGUCAACCUCGCCCUACAGCAUACCAUAUUCCCCGUAUUACUUCGCUUAUCCCAAGAUCCCCGUCAAGAUCUACAACAACCGAGCUGUCCCAUACGUCCCGCUCCCGACGAAUACGGCCUCAUCUGCCUCGGCAGCUGCAGCCUACGGUCAGCAGCUCAACAGCUACUUCAACUACCCAGCUCCACCUCCACCAUCCGAGAGCAAACUCCAGACAAAGUUUCGUCGAAAUGCCUCCAAAAACCUAAUGGACAACCAGUACUACGACAUUUGCAUGAACGAGUGCAGCAAUGCCAUGAAAACUAUGCUCAACUCUCCGUUGAGUCGGAAGUCACCACCCCAGCGUCAUCAAACACCCAGUCCAUUCAACCCAGCGAAAAGUCCAAUCCACGUGGACGUGGACGAUUCGUUCGUCAGCGACGAAGCCGACCACGCCGAUGAUGAGCGUGACUCUGCCGAUUUACCGCCACUACCGGAUGACGACGACGACGACGACGACGAGAAUGGCUUCGAAGAACCUCAGGAUUUUAGCAUGAAAUCACGGACUACCAUCGAGGAGCCUCCGCGGAGCAAGGAUUUGAGCGAAUGUUCCCGACGACCGACUGGCGCUCCUAAGAAAAAAUGGAUACGGCAACACAUGAAGGACGAACCCCUCGUAAACGGACAUUCCACAGCACCACCGCUCGUUGUGAUAUCGACCAAUGGUAGCAGUAGCAACAGCAUCAUCAGCAGUAGCAGCAUCCACCAGAAGCACCAUGCCGUCUCUUCCCUCACGAUUGAUCUCUCGACCAAAAGUAACAGCAGUGGUGGCGGUCACCGGCUAUCCAGUACGCCGCCGUCGUCCGGUUGUUCAUCGUCCUCGUCGACUCUUACCAUUUCGCCCGUGGACGAUUCGCAAUCGUCGCUGAAUCUGAGCGGCGGUUCUACUAGCGGUUACAUCACCAGCCACAGCGCCAACAGCUCCAGCUCGCUCAACCUGAGCGGGUCUUCACCGCUGCCCAUCAACGGAAGCGUGAUAGCAACGUCACAUGGAUCCAACUCGUCCCCGCUGCCGCACGAUCUCGUUAUUGUACAACAGCAGCAGCAGCAGCAACAGCAACAAAUCAGCCAUCUAGUGCAGGCCGGACAACCGCAUCACGGGUUAACAAGCACGGCUACACUGCUAAGCCACAUCCCCACCGGUGGCCGGCGGAGGACCACCAGCUCCAACAGUAAUGGCAGCGUUGGUACACGGGAAGUGCACAACAAGCUGGAGAAGAAUCGACGGGCCCACCUGAAGGAGUGCUUCGAGCAGCUGAAGAAGCAGCUUACGAUCCAACCGGACGAGAAGAAAACCUCCAACCUGUCGAUUCUCCAUGCGGCCAUACGCCAUAUUCAGCUGUUGAAGCGCAAGGAACGCGAAUACGAACAUGAGAUGGAACGGCUGGCGAAGGAGAAAAUUGCCUCCCAAAACCGGAUACUGCUGCUGAAGCGGGAGCUAUCGCAGUGGGGUGACGUGGACUUUUCGCGCCUUGCACCCGAUACCGAUGCCAUUCCCAACAGCAGCACCACCACCAUCGCCAGCAGCGGUGUGCAAUCGGAUCGAGAUCUCCUGAACGACCCGCCGGGUAUUGCUCCGGGCCGUAAUGGAAUUCGGUACAGCUCGUCCAGCUCUCUAUCCAGUGUUGCCACCACUGCCUCCAUCGGAAACCUACCGCUGCAAACCACCAUCUCACCUGUGCUGAUAGCAGCUUCGUCACCAAGCCGUGCCAGUCCACCGUCAUUGAUCUCGAAUCGAAACUCGAGCUCACCGGCGGCCGUCAGUGGCAUGCUGAUGCCACUGUCCCUCACGACCAAGAGUUCCCCAGCGGUGUCCGAGACGCACAAUAGUACCCCGUCGCCGCUCAAGUUCAGCACAGGCAUUACCAGUCUACCAAAUGGGCUCAAUCUCAGUACCAGCAAUGGACUCAUCAACGGAGGAAGCUCCUCCAGCGUAGGUGGUAGCAAUUGCAGUACUCCAAACAGCAUCAACGGCGGUUCCAUCGGUACCAACUGUAUCAAUGGAACCCCACUGCCGUUGAUCGUUAAUGCCAACAACAUCGGCAGCCUAAGUCAGUUCACACCGGUUACGGCGACAAUCUUGACGACUGGAAACGGCACCGCACUUCAGGCACUGCCUCUGAACUUGAAUGUCACUUCCAGCAUCUCGAACGGUCACCAUUCGUCGUCCAUUGUCAGCUCAUCCAACGGAAUGACCAGCACUACUUCCGGUUUGCAAAUCAUCGGAACUACCGCCAAUGGAACGACGAUUCCUGCAGGCUUGAUCAGUUCCGUCACCGGCAAGGAACUGAUCAACGGUACCACUCUGCCCAGGAACGGUUUCCGUACCGAUAGCAACAAAAUUGAAAUUAUUGCCACCCAAUCAGCGGCUGGUUCCGCACUAGAACCCCCGGCAACCAAGGUGAUCAAGCUGGUCAAUGGCAAUACCAUCGACAAAAUGAUGCUGUCGCAGGUCGUCCAACAGGGUGGACUAGUGAUGAGCCCAAUUCAGUUGCUCACGCCGCAAAGUCUUCGAGUGAUCCAGCAUGCCCCCAACGGACUGGCAACCAUCGAGCUUAGCACCCCUGCUAAUGUGCAGCCGCAGUCAAACCAAACUCAACGAACCACCGGUGGUAACAGCAUCAGUAGUACCAGCCUGUCGCAUUUAACCUCCAGCCAAUCUAGCAUCCGCCACCCGCAACAAACCCACAUCCAAUCGAUGACCGGAGCGCAGCUGCACAAACUUCUCAUCAGUUCCACCAACAGCUCCACCAGCAAUGGCAUUACCACGAUAUCCAGCUCCGGCACGACGACGGGGUACAGCAACGGUAGCUCGCCCAUCAUGACGACCACCAUCACACCGGAGCUGGCCCGGCUCCCUGGCGGAGCCGAGCUGAACAUUCUGCCGGCGGGGACGAACGGUGCAACGGCACUGCCCCUGUACCGAACCACCGGACACGGGGGAAAGCUAACCUUCGUGAAUGCUAUCUCCACCGGUAACGGUUCCGGGCUGACGCUCAAAGGUGCCGACACCUCCCAAUCCGGAAUGGGUCGAACGGCCGUCCACGUAGUCACUCCCAUCCAGACCAGUUCGGCACAGCUGUCGGGUCUGACGCCGGUUGUGGUAUCCCGGUACGACCAGGAUACCGGCCACAUGAUCGGCCCGUUCACAACCUCCACCGCCGGUCCGCAGCAAAGCGCUCAGCUGGGAAAGGUGGUCAAAACGGUGGGACAAUCACCGGGCGGUCUACCGUUGAUCGCUGCGACUCCGAAUGCGCAAUAUCUCAAUGCCGUGUUCGGCAACAACAACAACAAUGGCAAUGGAGGCGGUGCCAUGAUGUCAUUGCCACCUCUGAUCGAUGGCAGCGGUAACAUAAGUGGCCGUGGAACUCCCAGUCUUGUUCUAGUUAACAGCAAAGUUAAUAGCAAUCAAACGCCACCACCUACGGCAAUGGUUGUCAGCAACAACAGCCACAACAACGGUGAGGUCACUGCAGCAGUUGCCAUCUAGGUGUCACCCCGGGAAGCCACCGCAAAGGCUUCCUCCCGUAAUCAUCGGUUUCGUCCCCAAAAGACAAAGGGUAGUCGGGUAAACUUCCUGUAGAAAAUUUACGGAAUAUUGUACAAUGCUUAUGAGAGUAGUUGAGGAAAGCACUGAAAUUUUCACAAAACUAGAUUUUGACGAGGAAAAGGUAGCAGAGAAAAGCAAUACAAAAUUUCAAAAUUCAAUAGGAGGAAAAUUCAAUAGAUAAUUUAGAUUUUUAAACUAAAUAAGAUUUUUUUGGUUACAAGUCCACAUUUCUCUGCUUCCACAUUCUCAAAAGUUCUACCUUUGUUUUCUUUGUAAUUCUACUAAACACUACUUCAAUCACAGUGAGAUAAAGAGCGAGAGAGAAAGAACGAGACAGCUAUAGUGGAAACAUUUUCACAAAAACAAACACUGAGAAAAAAAAAAUCAAUUACAAAUUCCUACUAUUGUGGACCCCAGAAAACAAUUCCGGGCAGUUUAAGGCCAUCGGAAGUGAACGGAAGCCUUGUCGGCUGCAAGGAUGUAAAUUAUUGCUAUUCUAUAUUAUUGUAAACCUUGCAGAAUAGAGCAAACAAUUCAUGAUUAAAAGAAGAAGAAGAAGAAGAAGAAGAAACUUACCUAAAAUUACAAACAACACACCCACAGCUGUAUUUAAUUUAUAAUUUCGUAAAAGAAUAACUGUAGCUCAAUUUUAUCUUUUUAUUUAAACGUUUUUUAACAAUAAACGAUACAAAUCAAAACAAGGAACCACAAAUAAAAAGAGAUGUUUGUAAAUGUGUAGACCACAAAACGGUAAAGUUUAUAAAACGAAGCAAAAGUAAAACAAAACUAAUCAAAUUCAAACAUUAAUGGAACAAUAAGAACAAGACAGAAACAGAAAUUGCAAAAACCAAUUUUAUUGUAAAUAUUUAAAACAAAACCGCAAAUGCAACGUAACCAUACUGGCAUACACACAAAACACACAUGUGAAUGAGAGAUAGAAAUCAAAUCCAUUCUGGUCUCCCAUCUUGCAUACGAACAAUAAGAAAAACAUGUAUGAUGACAUGCAUAAAAAAUAACACAUUCACAUACACAACGGAACGAGUAAAAUGCUUGAUUGAGUGUUUUAAGUGUUGAAAGGGAGAAAAUCAAGCCAGGAAGUAAACACAACAAAUGAAAACAAAAACACACACACAUACACAAACACAUGUUGUACAGUAUUUAAUCGAGAACACAUUAGGAAGUAAGCAUAAA